AUGAAUAUAUUAAAAAUCCAUAAGGUGAUCACAACGUGUUUAGCCCAUUUGAAAAGAAAUGGAAGAGGGGGGAAAUGUAAUUUUAGUGUAUACAACAGGAAGGACAAGAAAAAAGAUAUAAUAAACAAUAACAAGAAUACAAAUUUCUUAAAAAAUAUAUGCAAUAAAAAUGUUAUUAAUCAUUUAGAUCCCAUUAACUUAAUUGAAAAUUUAAAGUAUGUAACUGAAUGUAAUGUGAAUGAAGAUAUUAUUAAAAAUUACCUACAUAAAAUAAAACUACUAAAUGUGCAAUGGAACUUAAACAAAAUAUAUUUUAUUUUAAAAACCCUUGUCAAAUACAACUUGCACGAUACUGCAUUGAUGAAUAAACUAGAAAAUGAUGUUUAUGAUCUACAUAUAUUAUGCGAAGAAAAAAGGGCAGAAAUAGAUCCUUUUGAAAAUGUAUACAUUGUACGGAUAUCAUACAUUCUGCAUGGAUUUUAUUACUUCAAUUACGCAAAUUCGAAAGCUGUGGAAAUAUUAAUAAACAUUUUAAAUAUUAAGAUAAACUAUAUCAUUUUUCAUAAUUAUUAUUCCUUUCCAAUUUUCAACAAGAAUGAUCUAUUCGACAAGUUAGGUAACCCUGCUGUGAGGGGUAGGAUACCCAUUGCCUCUUCGAUAAAUUCGACUUAUAAAAAGAAUGACGAAAUAAAUCACAUUUUAAAUAAAGCAGAUAAAUAUGUUUACAAAGACACACUAUUUAAAAGAAAGGAAGAUGUCUUUGUUAGAAAUAUAAACUUCAACGAGAUAUACCUUAUACUAAAUACUAUGAAAAAUUUGAAAUACACAAACAAAGAUUUCAUAAAUAAACUCAAGUUUUUGUAUUAUUUUAACUGUAUAAAUGUAGAUAAUGCAACUGAAAAUGACUAUAAGCAUAUCACCUUAUUGUUCCAUUUUUUUUAUGAAAUAUCGGACAUUCAUUUGUCAAACAUUAUGAAAUUCUUUUUAUCAAGACAAGGAGAUAUGAAAAGUGUGCAUGACUUAGUGUUAAUACUAGUAACGGUAUACUAUGGGGAAAUGGAAAAAGGGGAUCUUAACAAUAUGCGUAAUAACACAAAUGCUCGAGAGAUAAAGGUUCAAUCAGAUGUACAUGCCAACUGUUUCAAAAAUAGGAAUUUGGGGUGCUCACAAAUUGAAGACAUAGUUAACAUAAUAGAAGGAAUAUAUUUUAUAUCUAAUGAGAAGAAGGAAUAUCUGAAAUCUAUUCUGCAAUAUGUUCAUGAAUAUAGCAGUGUAAGGAGUAGGAACUUUAUCGAUCUUAUAUACGAAAAAGUUUUGCACUUGUUAAGCUGCAAAUAUUAUGAUGAAGAAUUUGAAAAAGAUGAACCCAAUAACAAUCAAUUAUUGCCGAACAGAAAAUUCAUAAUGAAAAAGGAACCAAAUGAAAUUCUCCUCUUUCGUAGUGCCAAAUCGAAUGAGCUACAAAGUUUAACUGAAUUAAUCAAAAUUUGCAUCUAUUCAUUUGAAGAUGUAGAUUCAUUAUUUUACAUAUAUUUAAAAAAACACGUAGAAUUUUUUAACAUAGAUGCAGUAUUAAAUGUAUUGAAAAGUUUUAUUUUUGUAUAUCAUAUGCAAAAUGAAUCAAAUAAAAAUUAUUUCAAUGUACACCUGAAUGAAAGAUGUGCUAAUGUUAUAAGGAACAAUUUAAAUAACCUAACAAGUAUGAUCAUUAAAAUAAUUAGCACCAUAUCCUUAAGUCGAUUGUAUGCUAUGUGCAAUUUAAAAGAUCUAAGUAUCCUUCUUUAUUUUUUAUACCAAAUAAGCAACAUUUUUAAAAACCAAACGUAUGAAGAACAAUACCUAAAAAAGGUUCAAGAUCAUGUAGACAAUAUUGUAAUUACAAAGUUAAAAUUAUUUCUGGAUGAAAUAGGCCCAACAUAUCACCACAUAAAUGACAUUAAAAAAAGAGAGAGCAAAAAAACUAAAAAAGUGUGCGAUAUGAAUUCUAGUCGGGUAAACAUGUCAUACGGAAUGAUCGAAAAAGAGACAUGCUUAAACGAGAAGGAGAAGGAGAAAGAGAAAGAAGUGCUUGAUAACAGCAGAAUCCAGAAUUAUUACGAAAAUGAGAAUCAUCAAUUUGAACCCAGUUCUACAAACCCAUUCAAUAGAAAGCAUAUCGGUAUAAAAGAAAAGAAAGAUACGAAGUGUUAUUCUCUAAACGAAGAAUACAACAGAGAAGUUGAUGUGUACAUAUUACUUCUCAACAUGUAUAGCAAAAGGGGACAAAGCAAAAAUGUAAUUUAUAUAUUACUGAAAAUAUUGCAUAAGUGCCAAAUAGAAAGUAAAAGUUUACCUUACACAAUUUAUGUAAAUUUAUUGAACUCUUUUGCGAAACUUAAAUAUAGAAAUUUGAAUCUCAUUGGUACAUGUUUACAAAAAAUUAACGAACAUGCAGAGGGAUUACAUUUUUAUGAAUACACAAAUAUACUCAUCUCAUUAUCCAAGCUUAACAUAUUCGGUGUUAACCUGCAUAUAUACGAUAGAGUAUUUUUACUAAAAGAUAAUUAUCGCAGCUCCAGUACUUAUCGAGAACACAGAAAUAGAAUAUUCUUAAAUGAGUACAACGAUAAUAGUGUAAAACGGGAGGAAGAAGUAAAAAUUAUUUGCAAUUUAAACACAGUUUUGAAAAAAAUAAACGAAAGUGUAAGUAGAUUUGUACCUGUUCCAAGUUAUCAAUUAGCUAAUAUAAUACCAAACAUUUUGAGCAGUUACGUAAUUUUGGGUUUUGAUAAAAUUGAUCUUAAGAAUGUGAACAAAUUAUUGGAAUGUUUUCACGAUUAUGUAUUUGAUUACUUCAAACAGGAAAGCACCAAUAGUAGUGUUACAAUCCAUAACACAAAACCAAACAUGAAUAACGGAAAAGCUAGGGAUUUUGCAAACCGAAACUAUUGCCAUGAAAUUUUGACUUGUAUGAAUAACCCACUAAGAAAAAAACAUCACUGGUAUUUUAGUGAAAAAAAUAACAUAAUCAUAACGAGAAAGGAUGCGAAUAGAAAGUUGUAUCUACCAAUUCAGAGCUUGUAUCAAAUAUACAUUUUUAAUGUCUACUUCAGUGCAUAUGUGGAAUAUUUAUAUGAAUCUUAUAAAGAUAGAGAAAUGGAAAAAAGUGAAUUACCAAAUGGGAAGACAUCAAAUGACCUGAGACAAAUUGACAAAUCCAAUAUCUCAAACAACUUAUCAAAUUUUCUACACAAUCCAAAUUUAUUUUUAAAAGAUAAUCAGGAAAUAAAAAGAACACCAACUUCUAAUAUAUUAAGCGAACGUAGCAUACACAUCUUAAACAAUGUCACUUUUUUUGUUAAGUAUAUAAACAGAUUUUAUAAAAACAAGAGAUAUGAUGAGUAUAAUCUUCAUAUACACUUUGUGAGAAGUUGUAAGGAAAAGGAACCAUCAAAUGAACAGUUAAUUAAUAACGUAAAAAAAUGUCAUGUUCAUAUCAAAAGGGACAACUCGAGUGUUCAGUCUUCCAGCUUUCAUAGAGAGGUCUUGUCUAUACUGUUUUCCUUGGGCGCAAAAAAUGUGGAGUGCGAAGUUCCAUUUCUAGACGGAAUAUACACCGUUGACAUUGUCAUUAACAAAUCGGUGUGCAUAGAAAUUAACGGAAAUAAUCACUACUAUUUCGAUAACAAUUUGAAAAGAUCAUACGAAAAAAUAGAUUCCUUAAAUCUGAUAAAAUAUUACUUGUUGAGCAAAAAGUAUAGAUUAAUUUUGGUCUCUUAUCUAGAAUGGAAUGAUCUAAAAAGUGUUGAUGCAAAGCAAGAAUAUUUGAAGAAAAAGUUACAAGUAUAA